CCUGAGACAAACCAGGAAACAGUUUGUUCCUCGUCACUAAAGAGAGACACACAGAGUGAAAAACAUUUGAUCAGAUUCACCUUCAGACCAAACUAACAGCUUCCUCUGAGUGAGUCCAGCUACAGGAGAGAAAAGAGGAAAACUACAACACUGCUGCUUCAACCUGCUGACUCUCCACACACUGAAGCUUCACUCAGACUAAAUGGCUUCCAGAUCAGAGGAGGAUCUCUGCUGUCCGGUCUGUCAGGAGGUCUUUAGAGAUCCUGUUGUUCUGUCAUGUAGCCACAGCUUCUGUAAAGACUGUCUGAAGAGAUGGUGGAGAGAGAAACAAACACAAGAGUGUCCAGUUUGUAAGAGAAGAUCUUCAAGAGAAGAUCCACCCUGUAACCUGGUGUUAAAGAACCUGUGUGAGUCCUUCUUACAGGAGAGAGAUCAGAGAUCUUCAGAGGAUCUCUGCAGUCUGCACUCUGAGAAACUCAAACUCUUCUGUCUGGACCAUCAGCAGCCAGUGUGUGUCGUCUGUCUACAUUCAGUAACACACAAAAACCACAGCUUCAGUCCCAUCGAUGAAGCUGCACAACAACACAAGAAGGAACUUCAGGAAACUCUGGAGCCCUUAAAGGAGAAGUUAAAGAGUUUAGAAGAAGUUAAAGUGAAGUUUGAUCAAACAGCAGAACACAUUAAGGUCCAGGCCCGACACACAGAGAGGCAGAUUAAGGAGCAGUUUAAGAAGCUUCACCAGUUUCUAGAAGAGGAAGAGGAGGCCAGGAUGGCUGCACUGAGGGAGGAAGAGGAGCAGAAGAGUCAGAUGAUGAAGGAGAAGAUGGAGGCUCUGAGCAGAGAGAUAGCAGCUCUUUCACACACAGUCAGAGCCACAGAGGACGAGCUGAGAGCUGAAGACGUCUCAUUCCUCAACAACUACAAGGCUGCAGUGGAAAGAGUCCAGCAGCGCCCCCUGCUGGAGGAUCACCAGCUGCUCUCAGGAGCUCUGAUAGACCAGGCCAAACACCUGGGCAACCUGACCUUCAACAUCUGGAACAAGAUGAAGGACAUGGUCUCCUACAGUCCUGUGGUUCUGGACCCAAACACUGCUCAUCCAGAACUGAUCCUGUCUGAAGAUCUGACCAGUGUGAGACUAGGAGAGGAACAGCAGCUUCCUGACAAUCCAGAGAGAUUUGAUUAUUACCGCUCUGUCCUGGGCUCUGAGGGUUUUAACUCAGGGACUCACAGCUGGGAUGUCGAGGUUGGAGACAGUACAUACUGGGAACUGGGUGUGUUAGCAGAGUCUGUCCAGAGGAAGGGAUUCAUACAGUCUGGAUUAUGGAGAAUAUGGCUGUAUAAAGGUAACUACUUUGAACUCUCACCAUCAGCUUCAUCCACUGUUCUCUCAGUUAAGAAGAAGCUCCAGAGGAUCAGAGUGAAUCUGGACUGGAACAGAGGAAAGUUGUCGUUCUCUGAUCCUGAUACUAACACACACAUACACACCUUCACACACACUUUCACUGAGAAGAUGUUUCCAUACUUUGACACUUGGGAUGAACCUCCAGUGAAGAUCUUACCAGUGAAGGUCUCUGUGACUGUGGAACAGAUCAGUCAGAGAUAAAGAGGAUGAUCCGAUUUCUUAAGGGGAAAAGUCAGCCAAUUUAACCUCCAGAUGAUAAGAUGAAGGUUUCCUGAGAACCGCUCAUCCACAACACUUCACAGUCAUCAGUGCACUUCAUUGGGUCCUCAGCAAUACAGAUGAGAGAUUGUCAAGGAAAUCAAAGGACGGACAGACAGAGAUUCCUCCAUUUAUAGUUAGAUUUACUGACGUUUUUGUGCUUUGAGAUAAUGCCUUGAAGUCUUGUAGCUUUAAGAGUGAUUUGGUGAAUAAUUGGUUAUUUUAUCUCAAGCUAACUAUCUUUGUGUUCUAAUUUAAAGUGUUUUAUUUUCAUGUUUGAUUUUUAUGCAGCAGUUUCAUAAAUUACUGACGUCUUGACUGUAGAAAUGAAAUGUGAGGGAAAGCUGUCAAACAGAAUUACAGCUGUCACUGAUGAUGAGCUCUGAAAAAUAUCAAGUGUGGAGCUUUUAUUUAGAAGGAUAUCACAGGAAGAAACUUUUACAUUUGAAGUAUUUUAUCUUGAGGAAAUUGUUUACCUA